CUGUUCCUAGGAGACGAGGAGCAGGAGCCUGCGGGGGAGGGGGAGCAAGUGGAUUGCUGCUUUUAGCAGCUGAAAGGGCUGCAGGGAGCUCUGGGUAAGACAUUUUCUACUGCUGCUGCUUCUGCGGUAGAAGCUGCCGGGAGUAAGUCAGAGGAAGGAGGAUCCAGAGGGAGGCGGCUUCACUUGCAGCCAUGCUGAAUCACAGUUACUGAUCAGCUCUCCUGCUAGGCUGCUAGGAGAACCCAGAUAAGAGCUAGGAUUCCCGGGUGCAUACACAGCUCAGCGGCUAUCACCCCUACUGGGCCUCACACAAUGGAGGGUGAAAGCGUCAAGUCAAGCUCCCAGCCUCUGGUACAGGCUGGAGAUGAUGAGAAGAACCAGAGGACAAUCACCAUCAACCCUGCCCACAUGGGGAAGGCCUUCAAGGUCAUGAAUGAACUGCGGAGUAAGCAGCUGUUGUGUGACGUGAUGAUUGUGGCAGAAGAUGUGGAGAUAGAAGCCCACCGUGUGGUCCUGGCAGCCUGCAGCCCUUACUUCUGUGCGAUGUUCACAGGUGACAUGUCUGAGAGUAAAGCCAAGAAGAUUGAAAUCAAAGAUGUGGAUGGACAGACACUCAGUAAGCUGAUCGACUACAUCUACACUGCUGAAAUUGAGGUGACUGAAGAGAAUGUGCAGGUGCUGCUCCCAGCGGCCAGCUUGCUACAACUCAUGGACGUCAGGCAGAACUGCUGUGACUUCUUGCAGUCUCAGUUACAUCCCACCAAUUGCCUGGGCAUCCGCGCAUUUGCAGAUGUGCAUACCUGCACAGACCUUCUGCAGCAGGCCAAUGCCUAUGCAGAGCAACACUUUCCGGAGGUGAUGCUGGGGGAAGAGUUUCUCAGCCUGAGUCUGGACCAGGUGUGCAGCUUGAUAUCCAGUGACAAGCUGACCGUUUCUUCCGAAGAGAAGGUAUUUGAAGCUGUGAUUUCAUGGAUCAAUUAUGAGAAAGAGACCCGUUUGGAGCACAUGGCAAAACUGAUGGAACACGUCCGACUCCCUCUCUUGCCUAGGGACUACUUAGUCCAGACGGUGGAAGAAGAAGCUUUGAUAAAGAAUAACAACACCUGUAAGGACUUCCUCAUUGAGGCCAUGAAAUACCAUCUGCUUCCUCUGGAUCAGAGGCUCUUAAUUAAGAACCCCAGGACCAAGCCCAGGACUCCAGUCAGCCUGCCCAAGGUCAUGAUUGUGGUUGGUGGCCAGGCGCCUAAGGCAAUCCGCAGCGUGGAGUGCUAUGAUUUUGAGGAGGACCGGUGGGACCAGAUUGCUGAGCUUCCCUCCAGGAGAUGCAGAGCAGGUGUGGUGUUCAUGGCUGGCCAUGUGUACGCCGUGGGCGGGUUUAAUGGCUCUCUGCGGGUGAGGACAGUGGAUGUGUAUGAUGGUGUGAAGGACCAGUGGACGUCCAUCGCCAGCAUGCAGGAGCGCCGGAGCACCCUGGGUGCAGCAGUGCUCAAUGAUCUGCUCUACGCGGUUGGCGGCUUUGACGGCAGCACUGGCCUGGCAUCUGUGGAAGCCUACAGCUACAAGACCAACGAGUGGUUCUUUGUGGCCCCAAUGAACACGCGGCGGAGCAGCGUGGGUGUGGGCGUUGUAGAGGGGAAGCUGUAUGCUGUUGGGGGCUACGAUGGGGCUUCCCGCCAGUGCCUGAGCACAGUGGAGCAGUACAACCCAGCGACCAACGAGUGGAUAUAUGUGGCAGACAUGAGCACCCGCCGCAGUGGUGCAGGGGUUGGGGUGCUUAGUGGACAGCUGUACGCCACAGGUGGGCAUGAUGGGCCCUUGGUGAGGAAGAGUGUGGAGGUUUAUGACCCUGGAACAAACACCUGGAAGCAGGUGGCAGACAUGAACAUGUGCCGGCGCAAUGCAGGGGUCUGUGCAGUGAACGGGCUCCUGUACGUGGUCGGAGGGGACGACGGAUCCUGCAACCUGGCUUCGGUGGAGUACUACAAUCCUGUUACUGACAAAUGGACGAUGCUGCCAACCAACAUGAGCACGGGGCGGAGCUACGCAGGUGUUGCUGUGAUUCACAAGUCCUUGUGACCCAAAUUCCCACUGCCAGGAGAUGGAGGAUGAUGUGGGUGCUACCUGUGACUUGGAGCAGCAGGAUCCUAGCAACUGGAUGCAACUCACUAGGAGGGUCCGUGGUAGUGUGAGAACCACUCUCCUCUGGCUUGGCAGACUGGCAUUGUCCCUCACAGUAUGGACCCACUUCCUGCUUCCCUAAGGUGCUUUGGCCUCAGCCCUGAACAGCAACGUUCCUGACAGCCGCAGCAGCACCUCCGGGCUUUUUCUUCCUUUUUUUUGGUAUUUAUAUAGGGACAACAGAGAGCAUAGAACCCAUGUGCACAUGUGAGCAGUGUGCAUGUGUGCGUUUGUGUAUAAAACAUGGUAUUUUCACUCAGUUGUGGGGUGGGGAGGUAUGGUAAUCUACUGGAUUUCUUUACUACUGAUCCUUUCACCAUGCUGAAAAUCAAAUAACGGGAACCUUUCUUCUGGAUUUGUCUCAUGGGGACCCUGAGAUGAUUAAAGCUGCUGUCUCCUGGAGAUCCAGUUGAACAGGUUGGAAUUGUCUGGAAGUAACCCGCGAGAGGGCAGUUCUGUGACCAUGCCCGCAAACAUGACCUGACUACUGUACCUCUGCUUGCAGAGGAGCUGGGGCUUGCUUGAAGCUGUGCUCUCUCCUCUGCAUACUGGACCAGGGAGAAGACAGGUUCCCAUGGUGUUCUUAGCUGCCUUUCCAAGGCUGUGCUCUGGAAACAGAUGGGAACCACCCUGUCUUCUAUCUGUGUCUCUGUCUUUUGAUGUCAUGGAUUCCAGGUUUGGAAGAUUUUGUUUGUUGAGCAGGAAAAAAAAUGAAAGCUUCAGAGUAGCCCCAGGUAAUACACUGGAGAGAAAAAUGUACAAGAAGAAAAGAAAAAAUCAAGGUGGUAAGGAUACAGUCCCUGCUCCCAGUGGUCUUAGGGAGCAAUACCGCUUCUGGGUUUUCCCACGACACGACAGCCCCCAUUUGUACUUAUUAUCCAGGCCCAAUUAUCGUAGCACCCCGUUUUACUUGCAAGUGUUCUGACUGGGAGGAUAAGUGAAAAGGUCACCCUUCCACCAACCCAGAGACAGGUUUGUCCAUGGGGUCGCGUAUGAUUCAUUUGGACACGAAUGACUUAGAGGGACUAUAUCGGCUGAGGCCAGCCCUCGGCACUUUGUGAUGAUAGUCAAAUCUGUCUUAUGCCCUUAUCGUCCUCUUGUGCUUUCCCCCUAUUUCAAGGUAUGUACCCCUCCCCAAACUGCAGACAUCCCUUCCCUUUGCUUGCACUUUUGGGGAGAAGAUGGCAAUGGGCCCUGGAUUUCAGGUAUUUUUCAAGAAUACUUGGAUUUUAAAAGAGGAGUUUGAUAGAAUAUUACCAACGAUAGGAAGUCAAGCAUCUGGAGAGGGGAUUUGAGAAAGCAUUAGGUCAUUGGCAUUUUAAAAAAGACCCUUCAAUAUGUGCAAUUCCUAAGCUAUUGCUUAUCUUGGGCUUUCCUGGCAGAGGAGGGGAGUCUUGUGUCUCACAUCUUGGAGCGUGGGGUUAACCCUCUAUGAUGUCAAGGUCCUCCUCUUUGUGAACCCUGACAUUGGACUUCUGAUACACCGCUGUGUGUUCUAGGCAGAUUCUGCAGGAGAUUGGCAUCCCUCUUUUCCCUACCUCUGCCAUGCAGAAACCUAGGAGACUAGCAAGCUCCCCAGCUGGCUGACCACUUCAAGUAUUUACUGUGUGUUAUGCACUGUUGUGUACUUCUCCUGAGAAUGAAACUUCCCUUCCUAAAGUUAAGCACAUGUUGUCUCAGCAAGACAUUUGAAGAGCACCAAGGUACCUAGGAACUUAGUAAUCUUGGUAGAGGAUAAGAUACCUAGCUUGAGUGGACCCACAAGAAAUGUCUCCAGAACAAUUGAGUCAUGCUCGAAUUAGCUGCUCUCAUCUCACCUGGCUUCAGGGAUGACAGAGAUUUCAGAGCUCUGCCUGGCUCUGAGUUGGAGGAUUUUUGGCCCAGAUGUCCUUCCUCAGUCUCUGAAGGAAUUUUGAGACUUGUUGGCAAGUACGUAUGGUAAGGAUGAGGUUGAGGAGUCUGGUGUGUGCAUGAUACACAAGUUCUCCAUUUUGGAUGAAAGGUAAGUUCCUCAUCCCUUUCCCCACUAUGGAGAAGCCAGGCUUUUCUGCUUAGGUGGGGAAAGCUAGAUUCCUGUGUCACUGUCCCAGAAAAGAUCCCUUGGAAGCUUGCCAGCCACGUUUUCCGCUUUGGAGUUUUUGCUAUUGGUCCCACCUUGCAUCUCCCUUCCUAAGAGGCGUUGCCUCUGCUGGUGGUGCUGCAGGGGCUGUGUCAUUUCACCUUCAUGCAGCCAUUCUCACGGGGACCAGAAUACUGGUAUGUCAUCACAGAAGUCAGUCUGCUCUAGCUGUGCACAGAUCCCACCCCAAAGUUACUGUUGCUUCACCCUCGGGUGCGACUCUCUGGCCACAGUAGAUACAUUCGACUUUCAAGUCUGUGCUGGUCGCACGGUAGUGAGGCCUCCCUUCUCUGCCCCUAUUAGGGUGGCCACGCCUGCUUGUGAAUUCAGCUUUGCCAGUGGCAUAUCUGAAAUCUGAUUGUGCUGGUGAAAUGGAAUUGAGGCCCAAGGUUAGAAGCAGUUUCGACGCCACUUGGAUACUGAUUUGGACAACACAGAAGUCGUCUUCUGAAUUCCAAACUUAUUUCUCAUAAGUACCUAGUGGCAUCUCUUCAUCUAAAAUGUUGCAGUAUUAUGCAAAUGAAGUGACCUCAUUUUCUGCUAUGCAAUAAGAAUCCUUAAUUCUAUUUCAUGACAAGCCAGUUGCAAUAUCCCCUAAGAUGCUUUUUGAGCUGUCUUACUUUGAUAUUUGUUGUCUAAUGUUUGUAUAUUUCUGAGCCAGGUCCUUUCAAAGAUUGCCUUUUUAUAAAACUGAAGCUAUAGCUUUCAGGCUAAAAUUUUAAUGUAGAUAUUUUUAUAAGGUAAUUUUUUUCAAAAUAUAUGAAUCGCUUUUUAUUGUCCACGGUAAUGAAAUGUUAUGUUGUAUAUGUCAUUCACUCUCACACACAGUCUGUGCCUGUAGCUAGCAUUCCUUUGUCCCUCUCCCCGCCAAAAAACCCAAAUAUUUCAGAAGCUCCAGGUAGAUGAGUCUUCUGUUUCAUACUGUAUUCAAGAGAGACUGCUGAAUUGAAAAGCACAUCGCUGGUGUGUCUUGAAUUGCUAGGGAUUCAUGUUAAACUAGACUCAGCCUCUACUCAUCUGUAUAGCUUGUUUGUUCAUUUGUCUAUAUCACUUGUCUCUCCGUUUGUUAAUUAUAUGGAGUUUGCUUUCUGAGGGCGGACGGUUAGCCACUGUCCCCUGGUGGCUCUUACUGUCUGGCAUUGAGCCUGGCACACUGCAGUGUGGAGCAGCCCCAGAGAAGGGCUUACUGUCUGGCCUAUAUUCCCUGGUUCCUGGACUCGGUAGGCCAUUCCUCAUUCUCUUCUAUCAUUUUGAUCUUCUGCAACUUCCACUCCCAAGGCCUUUGCUGCCAGAUGAUGUCUCUUUUGGGAGCAUCCAUUGGUGUACUUUAGGAAAAGGGCCAGUCCCAGUCCCUGUGAAGGACAUAUUAGGCUUGUGCUUUGGAGAUGCUCGCACAAUACCUCCGACUUGCUCUUGAGGCGUCUCUGUUCUGGGGUCUGUUCUGUGUAUUUAUCUGCCAUAAGCUUCAUGUUUCUAAAACAAAUCUUUAUUCUUAUUGGUGGGACAGGUGCCAUUUGAAUUGCCUCCAUGCUCCCUAUUUGCUCCUACUUGGGUUAAGUUGGGAAGCUGAGCAAACUCAUAUUCCAGCUUUUAAGGCUCUGUUUGCCUGCAGAAGCAAGGAGGUUGGAAUGUAUUUUUUUUUUUUUAAAUGUUUGCACUAUUUAGAGUCCUAAGCCUCUCACGUUCAGUGUGUUUUUCUACUGACCAAGCAGGAAAGCUGGCAGCUCUUCCGAAUGGGAAUGGAAGAGGCUUCUUCCAUGGUCGGCAAUCACAGCCUCAUAGCCCUUGUGCAGUCUUUGUCAUGGGACUCAGCAACUCAUGGAUACAGCAUCAGCCAUGGCAGGAAUGCGUGGAACUGUGACAUUUGCAGAAACAAAUUCCCCUGUGCUAUGUCCUUGCCUUUGGUUAUAAAUUGUAAAUUAUUUUCUCCCUUUUUAGUGGCAAUAAAAGACCCUUAUUGGACUUCUUGUUUAAUUUGUACAUGUAAAAUACUUUCUUUGAAACAAAACUCAAGACACUGAAUGUGUAUGUCUGUGUGGGUGCUCUGUCCCCGUGCUUGUCACAAGCAGUCAAACUGGAUCAUUGACACCCUGUGCAAUGUAUUGCCUAGGGAAGGUCUGGAUCUAGUGUUUUCUGCAUGGGAGCUGGGGAUGUAUAUCUUGUAAAAGAACACUUGUCACAUGCUUGAUCAGUUACAGUGAUAGCUGAAGAAACAUCUCCUCAAAUGUAUUAACAAAAAUCAUGUUCUAGUUUCCCAUAUUUAAUGUUUAAUUUUAAUAAAAGCUAAACUCUGAAAA